AUGGUGCCCAAGCAAAAUGGCCAUUUGACCACUGACCUAUUCAUUAAAUCCACAGACUGUAACACUUUGUUACACCGUAGGAGCUUUCAUCCCCCGAGAGUAUUUCAGAGUGUUCCCAAAUCCCAACUCAUAAGGGUAGACAGGAUUGUCUCAGACCCUAGUAUCCAGCAGGUCAGAUCCGCUGAGAUGGUAAACAAAUGUACACAGAGAGGCUAUGCCAGUCAGGAAUUAGACAAACCUGAGAAGCCAACAGCCCCAGGUCAGAAGAUUGAACGCUAUGAAGAUGUAACAUCAUUGGGCAAAGAGUUUGUUACUGUGUUUAUGCAGAAUCAUGACCCUAAAGAGACCCCACAACUGGAGCUUCUGGUUACCGGCACUAAACCGUCCACCUCUGUUUCUGUCACCAUUAACAAAUCUGACUUUAGGAAGGAUGUGAAGGUUGGAGAGGGAGAAACGGUGUCUAUUCCUAUCACAACAAAUGUAGAGAUGAGCGGAUCAGACACAUCACCAAGUUCUCUGGUGAUUAAAUCUGAUGUUGAGGUUACCAUUGUUUCUCGCAGCUAUAAAUACGGCAGUAGUGACACAGCUUUGCUUUACCCAGUGCGUCUGUGGGGAGUUGAGUAUUAUAUAAUUACCCCUCCAUGGGGGGCAGAUGGAGCUUACCCAGAGUUCUCUGUGAUUACCCAUGAAAAUCCCACAGUUGUUAACAUUGACCUAAAAGGAGCUGUGAGUUUCCAAGGAAAGAAUUAUCCAAAGGACAGCAAGCUCACACUCACCCUUAAACCUUUCCAGGCUGUCCAGAUUCAGAGUACUGAUGAUCUCUCUGGCACUAAGGUAGUUGCUGAUCAUCCUGUGGCAGUCCUCAGUGGGCACACAUGUAGUCAGAAAAAUGGAGAUUGUGGCCAUGUGUAUGAACAGCUGUUGCCUGUAACCAGCUGGGGAUACUCAUUCUUUGUCCCAGGCAUGUCCUUCCAGCCCAAGUCUGAUAUUGUGUUUAUUAUUCCUGCUAAAGAUACAGAAAUAAAUUAUCAAUCAGGAUCAGAAGAAGAAAUAAAAAAACUAUUAGCUGGAGAGGUUCUACAAUUAGAAGUUUCAACAUCAUCACCCUUGAAUAUCAAUGCUGAUAGUAAACUACAGGUCUUAUUUUUUGGCACCGGUGGAACAUUUAACAGUAAACCGUUUGACCCUUUCCUUACCAACGUUCCAGCUACGGAAAGAUUUGGAAUUGCUUAUGAGCUCAUUGGACAAGACAAGUUUGAAACCAAUCUGGCUGUUUUUGUAAUCAAGACCUCAGAUAAACCAGGAAUCACUGUUGAUGGGAAGUUACCAGAAGGUGUUAAAUGGAAAGAAUUCCCUGGAUCAGAGUAUUCAUGGGGAGAAUAUAACUACGGAAGUGGCUUCAGUUAUCACACAGUGGAACAUCCUACAGUACCUUUUGGUCUCCUGAGCAUUGGGUACUCUCCAAGCGUUAGCUAUGGAUCUUUGACUCCUUGUAUUAAGGGACCUGGAGCCCCAGGUGUUGGAACUAAAGGCUCCCCAACCUCCAAGGCCAGUACCCCCAGCGUCAAGGGUCAUAGACAGGGCCCUCAACCUCCAGGGUCAGACCCCACACUCCAUGGCUCUCACAGCGACAGACCCCCAACAGGACCCCUUCACUCUAGUCACCCCCAAUGCAAUAAUCCCCACAUCCUGGCACAAGGCCCACAUUCUGGCGCCAGGCCCCUCAAUUAA